UGUCUUGGAGCAGUUAAAAACAUUUCUUAACUAUUUUAAACAUAAUGUUAAAAGCUUGUGUUUUUGUUGGAGUGGCUACUUUAAUUGCAGCUGCAAUUGCAGGUUUAACUGUUGGUCUUUACUUUGGUUUGAUCAAAGACAAGGGAAAAAAUGAAAAUGCAAUAUACAAGACCACAGUUGAAGUAAACAUGAUUUUGCAAAAACAGUAUAGUUUAGCAUACCGAGAUGAAACAUCAGAUUCCUAUAAACUUUUGUUGAAAGAUAUUCACAAUGCUGUUAAUGAAAGUUUGUGGACACCUGGAUAUUCUCAACUAAACACUUUUUCUGGUAUAAGAAGUCUAAGAUGCUCCAGAGGCAGUAUUGUUGCUGAAUAUAUUGCUGUUUUUGAAUCAAAAAAGAGACCUGUAGAGAAAAUCAGCAAAAGUCAUUUGAUUGACAAAUUUGAAAAAUCAAAAAUCAAUAGAUUUUCAAAUUGGGAAAAGUUAAGAUUAAAGAGUUAUAAAAUUGGUAAUGUUAAUCACAAUUUUCCACAAGAAACCUUAACAACAAAGUCAUGGAUGCAAACAAACAAACCUUCAUUUACAACAAAGUCAUGGAAGAAAUCAACCAAACCCUCAUCUACAACCAAAUCUUACAUUGAUAAUGGUGCAAAUCCACUAGGUGUAUCUUGUGCAAAAGUAUUGCCUAGAGUAAAAAGUAGAAUUGUUAAUGGUCAAGAAGAAAAUAUUGAAAAUAUUCCUUGGCAGGCUUUUUUGUAUGUUAGAAGCAAUGGGAAAAACUACUACUGCGGAGCAGUGAUUAUCCAUCCAUACUAUGUAUUAUCAGCAGCCAGCUGUAUUAAAGAUACUAAAGUUAAACAUUAUUUAACCUUUGGAGCUGAUGAUCUUCAAUGGACUUUUAUAAAUAUAUUUCAUGCUAAAAAAAUUUGGAUACAUGAACAUUAUAAUCCAAAGACUUUUGAAAAUGAUAUUGUACUUUUGAGAGUUGACACAAAAAUUAAUUUUAAUAAAAAAAUUCAACCUAUUUGCUUACCAGAAAGAGACUAUGGAAUAAAUGAAGGGUUUCAUUGCAAAACAAGUGGAUUCGGUUCGACACGCACAAUAAGAACAAAUACCAAACUUUAUUCAGCAGCUCAAUACUUAUUUUCAAAAUCUUUGUGUGAAAACCACUUUAACCUAAUAAAAUAUCCUGAGAUGAUAUGUGCUGGAGGUUUUAAAGAGUUUUAUCCAGGAAUUCCAUGCAGUGAGGAUGAAGGAGGGCCUUUACAUUGUAGAAAAGGAGAUUAUUGGAGACUUUUUGGGAUAACAAGCUUUGGUUCGAAAGGAUGCACUGGCAAAGUUUCUGUUUUUACCAGAGUCUCACAUUAUGUAAAUUGGAUUAAACAAAAGAUUACUAAUGAUAAUACAACAACUACUUGAAAGAUAAUUCACUUAAUCAAGUCAAUUAUGUUUUUCCUUUUCUAUAAAAAU